AUGGGUUGCGGCUCAUCUUCACCAGAAGUUGCUCCGGAACCCGUUGAAGAAACAUCUCCAUCAUCGGAAGUUCCAUCUGAUCCAAAAGUCUCUCACAGCUAUCGCCCUUCCAUUAUUAGUUUGCAAAUACCGAAUGAUUUUGGCGACGAUGUCAGUUCGGAUGCGCUAAGUGACCGGUCUGAAGGUCAUGAAGAAAAUAAAGACUACCUCUUCUCAACCGACGUCACACUUCAAUGGCUUUUGCAACGAAUCUCCGACAAACUCAAAAAGGAAAUCCCCGAAGAGCCCCAAUGGAUCGUUGAGCGUUUGAAUAGGCCAAGUUGGGAUGUCGACUAUGCCACUUCGUCGGUGGUCCGUGUCACAUUUGGUUGGGACGAUGACGAUUUGCCAAAAAGUGUUGUGCUCAAAACACCGGUUGCAAAAGACCAAAGAGAAGACGAAGAGGGAAAAUACCAUUACAUUAUGUUCAAAAGAGAAUGCAAUGUCUACGAAUGGACGCAAAAGUUUCCUAAGCUUAUUGCGCCGAAUAUAAUUCACAUCAAGAAACAUUCAAAAGAAGGCAGCGGAGUCGUAGUAAUGGAAGAUGUCAGUGAGAAAGGGGUGGAGCAAGAUCCCGUGAAAGGGCUCUCGCUGGAAGUUGUUAGAGACCUACUCAAACAAAUUGCAUACCUUCAUGCCACCUCUCUUAAGCACACUUCUUGGAGCACCUUGGUUGCUGAUCUUCCUCCUUCGUACUAUGCGCACAUCAUUGGAAAUUUCGACGAUACCAUGACAUUCUUUGAACGUCAAGAUGUUGAUCAUUCACGAUUUGUGCACCUUGCCAAAUUUUUCUCUGCCGAAUAUCUUCAUACAACUGCAACAGAAAGUACAGAUGAGCUUGGAAUGCCUAAAGUUUUGGUUCACGGUGAGCCAUACGCAAGCAAUGUUUUUACGAAAAUGGAAGGAAAAGAAGAAAGAGUGAUGGCUUUGAUUGAUUUUACAGAAAGUCAUUCCGGCUGCUUUGCUGAAGAUGUUGCCAAAAUAAUCUCCUGGAAUUUGAAUGCAAAAGAGAGAACAAACAACACUGGAAGUCUUCUAGAAGGAUAUCAUUUCCAUCUAGCCCGAUAUUACGACGGUGAUUGUCCGUUCACUGUGGACCUCAUUCAGAAGGCAUAUGAGAUGUUUGUCCCUUUCGCAAUGGUGUCUUUAUGUGGAAAGGUGAUGAGUAUAAAGAAUAAAGGCGAUAAGGAACCUCUGAUUGAGCGAGCUAAAAGCCUGAUACAGCAAUGCUACACAAUGGAACGGCUGAACGAAUGA